GCGCCUUUAAUUCGUCUUCCAAGCGCUACUCUACUUCCAUAACUACUUCAUUAUUAUUUGUUGUCCUCCCACAUGUUUUGAUCCAGUUAGAUUAGAUCUCUUGCACAAAAUCCUCUCCUCUAACUAGGGUUUGUUGCUUGAAAUAUUUUCUCAUUUGGGUCUCUCUCAUUUCUUCCCGAAAAUGAAGGUCUCCAUAGUUUCACGCAGUGGCAGAGAAGUUGUCAAAGGAGGCCUCGAAUUUAACGAUUCGGCUACCGUAGCUGAUUUGCAGGAGGCAAUUUAUAAGCGAACCAAAAAGUUUUACCCUUCCAGACAGCGACUGACUCUCCCUCUCCCACCGGGAUCAAAGGAGAGACCUACUGUCCUCAAUUCCAAGAAGAGUCUCAAGGACUACUGUGAUGGAAACUCUAGCAAUUUAACUGUAGUGUUCAAGGACCUGGGGGCACAAGUUUCUUACCGUACACUUUUCUUCUGGGAAUACCUGGGUCCUUUGAUCCUCUAUCCUGUUUUUUACUACUUCCCUGUGUACCAAUUCUUUGGCUACAAAGGGGAGCGUGUCAUCCACCCAGUUCAGACAUAUGCUUUAUAUUACUGGUGUUUCCACUACUUAAAGCGAAUCACGGAAACUUUCUUUGUGCACCGCUUCAGCCAUGCAACCUCACCACUUUCCAAUGUGUUCCGCAAUUGCGCAUACUAUUGGACCUUUGGUUGUUACAUUGCUUACUAUGUGAACCACCCACUUUACACCCCUGUUAGUGACCUUCAAAUGAAGAUCGGUUUUGGCUUUGGGUUGCUUUGUCAGGUCUCAAACUUUUAUUGCCAUAUCUUGUUGAAGAAUCUUCGCAGCCCUAAUGGCAGCGGAGGAUAUCAAAUCCCUCAUGGAUUUCUGUUCAAUAUUGUGACAUGUGCAAAUUACACAACUGAAAUUUAUCAGUGGUUGGGUUUCAAUAUUGCAACUCAGACUGUUGCAGGUUAUAUCUUUCUUGUGGUUGCUGCUGCUAUCAUGACUAAUUGGGCCCUUGCAAAGCAUCGUCGCCUGAAGAAGCUGUUUGAUGGGAAGGACGGAAGACCCAAAUAUCCACGCCGAUGGGUCAUAUUACCCCCAUUCCUGUAGAAGUAAACAAGCAUGUCUGUUGUUGGUUAACUAUUGGAUUCAACAACUAGGAUGCUCGUUAGAUACAAAUUAGAGAUUGUGUGUUCAUGUUGUUUCAAACAUCUGGAUCUAGUCCAUCAUUUAGACAUUGUAAUUCAUUUCAAGUUCAUGAUUUGUUUCUAAACCUAAUUUAACUGUGGAAUUGUUCUGAACCUUCUUGAUUCUCUUUGGUGUGCCAUUACUUUAUCGAUCUUUCUUUUUUAUA